AUGACGGAAGAGCAAGAUCAACAAAGCAAAGCUGUAGGAUAUGAAGCUGUAAAUGUUAGCAACAAACUGCACGAUAAAUCAUUCACAAUGGAAGAGGAACAAGAACAACCGUUACGGAGGCGCCGGUGGUAUUCAAAUCGUAGUAUACUCAGUAGCAAAACAUUCUUUACCACCACGCUACUGAUUCUGGUAUUGGGUACAACUGCUAUUAUGUAUAUGUCUUAUAAAAUAAACAAACUUGAAAAUGCAAUCGAUAUUAAAAACCAAGAAAUGGAUUUCGAUACACCAGAUGUAGAUUCUGACAAUGAUGAUGUCGCCGAUGAUAUUCGCACUAAAUCUGGUUCAUCCUAUGAUUCAGAAUAUCAACGUUCUAAAUCACCAUACAGAUACAAUGAUCGAUCAUCAACAUAUGAAAAAAAUCCAUACUAUCGUUAUCGACCACAUCCACCUCGUCAUGAAACACCUACGCCGGACACAACACUAUGCCAAGCAUCCAUAUUCCCGGGUCAAGCUCCUAUUUGGCUGUUACCUUUGUCUGAAUUAUCAGAUCCAGAUGCAGCAAUUACAUUUUUUCUGGCUCUAAAACAAAAUCCAAAAGCAGUGCAAAAACUAGAAAGAAUAUUCUGGAAAAUCACCGAUCCCGACAGCAGUGAAUAUCAGAAAUGGCUGACGCGUUCAGAAAUCAAUAAAAUUCUGACACUCGAUAGUAAAAUUUUGAGUGCAGUUAAACGAUUUCUGCGCAAACAAUCGUUUACAUCUGUGGAAUUAAUUGGAACUGAUGUAUUUGCGAUAAAGACAACAAUUCGACAAGCAUCAGAAUUUUUCUCAGCUCAAUUUCGUCCGUAUAAAAACAUCAAGACAGGAAGAACUAUCCAUCUAGCUCAAGGCGAAAUGUGUUUGACAGAUGAAAUUAGUCAAUAUGUUGAUUUUUGGCUUGAUUUCGUCGAUGAUCCAUUUAAUAACAGAGAACCUACCGAUCCAUCUAAAAAACUUACUGUCUUUUCAAGUGAUGCAAAUGCUACGGAUACAGUAACUACUCAAAAUAUUCCUAUAAUUGUUCCUCAAUUUGUUCGCUCGUAUUAUAACAUUCCAGAUGUCUCGAAAACUGGUUUAGAAUCAGAUGUUUCACAAGGAGCAUUAGAAUUUGGAGGUCAGUUCUAUAGUGAGCAAGAUUUAGAGAAGUAUUUGCAAGAAGUAAACAUAACGUCCGAACCUCUGAAAACAAAGCAUAUUCUCGGAAUUAAUGAUCCAUCGAAUCCAGGUGUCGAGACAAUGUUAGAUAUUGAACAAAUGGUGGGAAUAAAUCCUUUGGCUGAAACUUGGUAUUUCAAUGAUGACGUGAAGAACAUAAGUAGUGAUGGUAUGUUUAUAAAGAUACUUACAAUAAAUGAAUUGGAUGAUCUGCCACAAAUUCUGUCCAUUUCGUACGGUAGGCCUGAAGCAAAUGUAUGUGCAGGUGUUACCAACUGUGAUCAAAACGUCGUGGAUCUGAAUAAGAGAUUUACUAUUCGUGCAAAUAUUGAAUUUAUGAAGCUGACAAUGAAAGGUAUUACAGUUUUAGUUGCAACUGGUGAUGAUGGAGUAAAUGAUUUUGAUGCAGAUUGUACAAAUACAAUGUUCAAUCCCAUAUAUCCAGCCUCUUCACCUUUCGUAACAUCAGUUGGUGCAACUACAUUAGUUAAUGUACAGUACAACGUAUUGCAGGAUCAACCACCCGCUUGUACUGCGUUCAAUCCACCGCUCGUGUGUGUAUCUGGUGGAGAUGAAAUCGCUGUUAGUGUUUAUGAUCCUCUUUUCGCUAAGUAUACUAGUGGAGGUGGAUUUUCAAACUUUGCUCCUCAACCACCUUAUCAAAAAGCUGCUGUUCAUGAUUACUUUAAAAAAACAUCAGUGAUGUUUCCUCCACCAUCAAUGUACAAUCGAAAGGGACGGGCUUAUCCAGAUGUAGCUGCAUUUGGUGUAAAUAUUUUCGCUGUGGUAAAUGGUACUGAUGGUUUAGGUUUUGGUACAAGUAUAUCGGCACCACUGUGGGCUGGUAUUGUCUCAAUUCUCAACUCUCGUUCAAUAAAAAUAACAGGUAAAACAUUAGGCUUUCUCAAUCCAUUGCUCUACAAGAUGGCCAAAGAAUGUCCAGAAUGCUUGAACGAUAUAACAGUUGGAAAUAACAAAUGUACACGAGCAGUUUGCACAGAUCAGUGCAAAGGUUUUCAAGCUGCAUGUGGUUGGGAUCCAGUAACAGGGCUUGGUACUCCAAAUGCUGGAAAUAUUUUGCAGUAUAUAACAGAAUUAUUGAAAAAGAAAAUGAAGAAAACAGAAUAUAACUAA